AUGUAUGUACGCAUGUAUAUAUAUAAGGCUGGUAGAGGAGCGGUGUAACACUUGUUUGUGGUCCGUUGCUCUACACUUGUCUCGACUAUGGCCUUAGUCCGUGCUUGUGUGUCCUUGCUGCUUAUUGCACUCUUCUAUAACUAUGCAACUGUUCAGGUGUCUGCAGACUUUGCCAUCGAUCAGGUUAUUUCAGAAGCCGCCAAUUCCAGCAGAGAAUUCCAGAUGUAUGAUUCAUCUGCUGGAGAGGUCAAAGUAGAACUUGACAUGUUGUUUACAAGGGAACAAUGGGAGGAACUCGUAAGAUUAAACAGAACUGGAGACAGUCAAAGGAAAAGGAGGAAAGCCACCCGACCUAUCUAUCGUCGCUGGACAAACAACAUAGUCCCUUACCAACUGCGAAAUGACUUUACUUCUGGUCAAAGAAGCCAAGUGUAUGCAGCGAUCAAUGACUGGAACCGUUACACCUGCUUAACAUUUCGUGCGGCAGGCGCGGGUGACCGCAACAAAAUAGUUUUGGGAAAUGGCGGAGGUUGUUCUUCCUAUGUUGGCAUGAUCGGAGGUGCUCAAUACGUCUCUCUCGCUCCUGGAUGCCGCAUCAAAAGAAUCAUAGUUCACGAAAUCGGUCAUGCUGUAGGAUUUCAACACGAACAGACGAGGCCCGACCGCGAUAAUUACGUCUAUAUAAUAGACAGCAAUAUUCCAUCAGGCGUCCGCUAUAACUUCCAGAGGUACACCAGAGCUGUUGUCAACGACUAUGGUGUUCCUUACGAUUAUACAAGUGUCAUGCAUUACGGGGCUUACGCAUUCUCUUCAAAUGGCCGAAUGACAAUCCGGACGAAAGACAGAAACUAUCAGCACGUCAUAGGAAAAUCGCCUGGUCUCAGCUUCAGAGACAUCAAACUGGCCAACCUUAUGUACCAAUGUGACAGUAGAUGCUCAACUAGGGGUGCUUGUCCUAGCGGUGGCUACCGUGCCAAAGAUUGUAAAUGCUACUGCCGAGGUUCUUCGCCAAGCGAUCCAAUAAAACUGUGUUCAGGCGGUGGAGGUGGAGGUGGAAAGAAAGACUGCGUCGACGACAACUCAUCGUGCCCGACAUGGGCUCAGAAGGGCGAAUGUAAGAAAAACCCGAAGUACAUGCUGGCCCACUGCAAGAAAUCAUGCAAAAAAUGCGGUGAUGGUGGAGGAGGAGGAGGAGGUGGUGGUGGCGGUGGUAAAGGCUGUGUUGACGAAAAUAAGUUAUGUGCAACGUGGGCAGGGAAGGGAGAAUGUGAUAAAAACCCUGCAUACAUGCUACUGAAGUGUAAAAAGUCUUGUAAGCAAUGUCAAAAGUGCGAUGAUAAAAAUUCGCAUUGUUCUUACUGGGCCGGUAUCGGGGAAUGUAAAAAAAAUCCUGCGUACAUGAACCCAAAUUGUAAGAAAUCUUGUAACAAGUGUGAUGCCAAAACCGAAGAUACCAAAGCACCUGAACGUAAGUUUCUCUUCGGCUUCUUCUACCCGGUUGUUCUUCGCUUUUCCUGCUCUACCCGUUUUCUACUGUUGUUCCUUUUGAAAACUAACGAGAUUUUCAAAACAAAAUGUAAUGAAAACACCCUCAAAAUAUUUCAUAGCGAAGGGAAUUUUACAAAUGGGCAUUGGGAUUGGUGAGUACAGUACUCGGGG